AUGGCUGAGGUCAAGCGUGCACGGGCAGAGGCUUCGCCAUGGCUGCUGCCACCCAUCGUGCUGCAGGUCGUACACUGCCUCGAUGCGACAGACGAUGUGCUCGCCUUUCUUCGCGCAGUGCCAAGCAGCGCCCGCGACGAGGCCCUCGACGCGCUCGCAACGCUUCUGACCGAGGACGCCGACCUGUGGCCGGUCGCCGCCGCUGCCGACUUGAACGGCAUGGAUGUCGCGACCGUGACAAGGGCGCUGCCAGCCUUCCGACAGCUUGCGGUCGAUCAAAGUAGCGAUGUGCUGAAUCGCUGCCGGAACACGCUGCUUCUAUUGACAACCGCCGGUCAUGCGAUCGUCGACUACCCUUUCGACCUGCAAUCGAGCUUGGGCCACUGGGCACGGAACGUCGUCGGCCUGACGAUCCGUGUGGACGAAGUGCCUGUCGACGCAGGUGUUUUGCAGCAGCAACUCGCAACCUGCAAGGAUCUCCGAGCGCUGACGUCGUUUGGCGUCAAGUGGCGUGGCCCCGAGGUCAAUCAAGAGCAGCUGGACGGCGUCAUGACUGCCAUCACGGCCUUGUGCCCCAACAUCAGCGAUCUACGCUUCACAGCGGCCGCGUCUGCUACGUUGGAGAGUUGUGAGAGCCUCCGCGAGUGGCUUGGUCAACCCCGUGCGCAGCAGUUUGACCUCAACGGCAUCAACUUUUUCCCGGCUGCCGCCAAGACCUUGGCACAUGCGCUGCUCGCAGCACCUAUGCUUCAUACGAUCAAGCUCGAAGACUCGUCCAUGGUGCUUGGGUCCUUUCUUGACGGGUCGCAUGCACUGCCACCCCGUCAACUACGCGACAUGACGAUCCAAGUUUGGGACAACUGGGACCGCGCAACAUUCCCUUCGACGCUGCGGUCGCUCAAGCUCUUGAUUGUGACCCUCCGACACUUUCCGCUGCAACUGCCCGAACUCGAGCGUCUUCAACUGCGCUAUGUAGACAUGACGGACGACUCAGUCGCCGAUCUCGCGGCGUUCCUUGCAGCAACGACAACGCUGCACCAACUCGACCUUGCGUACACCUACAUGAACGACGAUCGACUCAAACCGAUUCUCAACGCUCUCCCGACGUGGCUGGAUCGCCAGCGAAGAGCUUGCUACGUACGCCUGGAUGCGAUGGACGUGACGGCAGCGGCCCUCCCCACUGUCUUGGCUCAGAUACGCAACACGCACGAGGUGCAGAUAGAGCUGUGCGGCGCAGACAACCUUGAGCUGGCAGUGGGCCAGCGCAUCGUCGCCGCGCUUGGGGCGACGUCGCAGAUCAAGCUGCGUUUUGCGAACGAGGUGUGGGCACCCGACGAUGUCAAGGCCGCCUCGCCGCACGUCCAGUACACGAAUGGCUGGUUUCUUUCACCCCGCGCGCCAUCAUCCUAAAGACGUACUAGUACUAGG